AUGCAAUUUCGAUCUUUUUUUUUUUUCUUUUUUUUUUUUCUUUUUUCUAUCUUCCUCAUGCGCACGGCAUUUUGGUUCAUUGUGGCCGUUGUCACUGCUAAUUUAAAUGUGGCCCACAACAGGCACCAUGUAUUGAAUGAAAGAAAUUCUUUGGAAACCUCAAAGGACAAAACAGAAACCAACCAGCAAGACCACAAAGGUUUUGCUUUUGGUUCUCCUCAAAACUCAAUCAUUACUUACUACACUUGGGAUUCGCCUGUUUUAGGUAUUCCUUUGUUCAUGCAGACAACGAACAAUGAAACUGUCCUUAGACCCAAAGAUAUUCCAACUAACGCUCUGUAUGUUCACAUUAACGGUUCACAAUUUGGAAACGAAACUGCUUGGCUCAACGGAUUGGAGCUACUGAACUAUACUUACAUGCCAUAUGGGAUACAGCGCAACGACAGUAUAUUCAAGCUACUGAACUAUACUCUCGAAUCAUAUGGUUAUAUCUAUGAUUAUGUGCAAGUUGGUCUUUGCCUUGUUGGUACACACUUGAUGUUUGAAGACACGCCAUCUUCAGAUCUCAUGGAAAUGUCCGUUUUAGAUUCAUUGCUUGCAUCCGGGGACAUUGUAACUAGAUCCUUUUCUGUUACCGUGGAUACCCUUUUCGAUGUUCUUUUCGGCGAAAUUGACCAUGGCAAAUACGAGGGACCUUUGGUGAAGUUCAAACACUACUAUGAUGAAUCUCAGGAUGAUUAUUCCAAUGUACACCCAACAUUGCUCAUGGAUGGAAUGGCAGGCACAAAUUUCCUGGUUUACAAUCCAGUUCAAGUACAGAUUUCCAGUUACUGGUCUCUUCCACAUGAGUACUAUUACACUUUGUUUGACCACUUCAAGCAAAAUUAUGGCAUGGAUGAUGACGGCUACAUGCCAUGUCUGGUAUUUAAUCUGACAGAGUACGUUUCGUUUUAUUUUAGUGGAGAAGAGUUUCAGAUUCCAGUGAACUCUUUCGUGGACUUCACGUAUGAUAAUACCCUGAUGUAUCCAUAUGAUGCGUACGGCAAAUAUUAUACCGAAUCUGCUGCUUGUAAAUUAGAUCUUGGCCAAGAGGACGGAUUUGUCGGAAUCUCUGAGGCGUUAUUCCAUAACCAGUACCUUGUGGUGGAUUACGACAAUGAGGAGAUUGCUAUUGCUCGUGCUGCCACCGAAUCAAAACCACAAACUAUCGAGAAAAUCUCAACUGGAAUUCCUCGGGCCACUCCAGCAAAGUACUUUUCAGUUCUGGUCAGUACAACUACUGAUAGCGACGGAUAUGAAGACUAUUCAACAUCGUAUUACCCAUCUUACUCGAUGUACACAGGGGGUCAUUUCGGUUUCAACGGCACAGAGACUUCAUAUACAACUAAAUCAGACUCUUCCAUUCUUUCUAAGUCUGUUGCAUCCACAACUGGGGGAAGCACAAAAUCUGAUCAUAGUACAAAAAACAGUUCUUCCUCUAAGGCUACAGGACACACUCAAAAAGCUGGUGGUGUGAUGGCUUUUGUCACUUUCUUUCUUGGUGCGUUAAUGAUAAUUUAA